CCAAAAAAAACCCCUCCUGUCCGGAAGUUGAUUCAGUGAUUGUAAACACACAUGCUUCGCUUGCUCAGUUAUGCCAAAGCUCUUCGAUAUAAAGUUCCCGGGAGGAUGUAAGAGUCUCCCCGAUGGCUUCUGGUCAGCCGUAGACGUGUGGAUAAAGAAACCUCAUGUUGUAAACAAGCGUCUUUGUGGAGUUAAAGAGACAGACAGCAAAGAUGUGGACCAAGACGACCUACGGCUCCUGCUGCAUGAUCUUGAACUCUUCACAGAUGUGCUGCUCUUCAUGAUCACUGGGGCCUCAGCUGCCCACGAAGCCGACAAACCAUGGUCCUCCAGCGUCAGGACAUUUAUUCCCAAAGUAAACUGUUAUGGGACAAACCUGCAUAAAGAAAUUAUCCUGAAAGACUUUGGUAGACAGCGAGUGACCUUUAUUCCAUUUGAAGAGGAUGCAGAGGGAAAAGCGUCUCUGAGGAAAGGCAACAUUUAUCAGAUUCAGCUCUGCAAUCAGGACUGUGAGGAAUGGUCCCUGGAGUUGUUUGCGCUGUCGGUCGAUUCCUGGUUCUCUGAUGGCGUCGCCUACCCCAAGCUGCCCUGGCUGUCCUCUGACCUGCUGCCUAAACUGGUGCGCUGGGCCACCGAGUGCAGGAGUAGCGAGUUCAGGAGCACGUUGUCUCUGCUGCCAGUGGAGAAGUACAGCCUCAUGUACCAACAGCUGAAGGACAAGUACAAGGCCAUGGUGAAGGUUUGGCCUGAGGUUACAGAUCCUGAAAAGUUUGUGUAUGAGGAUGUUGCUAUUGCUACGUAUCUCCUGGUGCUGUGGGCCGAGGAGAGAGCAGAGAAAGGUCUGACUGCCAGGCAGUCCUUUGUGGACCUCGGCUGUGGAAAUGGCCUCUUGGUUCACAUUCUGACCAAUGAAGGGCACCCUGGAAGGGGCAUCGAUGUUCGCAGGAGGAAGAUCUGGGACAUGUACGGCCCCCAGACUCUGCUGGAGGAAAAGGCAAUUACUCCCAGCGAGAGCUUCUUAUUCCCGGGUACAGACUGGCUGAUUGGGAACCAUUCGGACGAGCUCACACCGUGGAUCCCCGUUAUAGCAGCCAGGUCGUCUUAUUCCUGCCGCUACUUUGUCCUCCCCUGCUGUUUCUUCGACUUCUGUGGAAAAUACCAGAGACGCCAGUGUAAGAAGUCUCAGUACAAGGAAUACAUCGACUUCAUCGCUGAGGUCAGCCAAGUCUGUGGCUUCAACACUGACGAAGACUGUUUGAGAAUACCUUCUACUAAACGGGUGUGUCUUUUAGGAAAGUCAAGAAACUAUCAGUUAUCUGAUGAACCUGAGGUAGAGCAACAAAGGGCUCAUUACAUCCACAGCCGCUGCACUGCUCCCGGGGUCACAGUUCAGAGGUCCGACGUCAGUAAUGACGAGGACUGUUGCAAUGGGGACGGAAGCUGUAACGGCACCCCUGGGAGCUCCUGGGGAGCCGGGUUCCAGCCGCGAGAUCGCGUCGAAGCGGUGCGAAAUUGUGCUGCUCUCCCGCGGGACUUUGUUGACGGUGUUGUUCUGCGGGUUGCUAAUGCUCUUCUGGGAAUGACCGCGGGCGAUGGAGAAGGAUCCUGCCGUGACUGGAACCAAGGAGGCAGCCUUUCUGUGAGCGAGGUUGCGGGGCUGUUGGGGCAGGAAACCCUGCGGCUCCUGAAGAAAGAGUGCGGAGGUCUUCAGACGCUUCUGAGGAACAAUCAUCAAGUAUUUAGAGUUGAAGGAGGGCGUGUCUACAUAAGAGACUGGCGGGAGAAGAUGCCCUUCAGGGUGGAUGUUAAAAGGAAGCCCGUCACCCCGGGUGCCCUGAAAACUCGCCUCUGCUGGUUUCACGCUCACCACCCUCAGGGCUGCCCCCUGCAGGCUGAAAGCUGUGCCUUCGCCCACGGAGCACAUGACCUCCGACCCUCGACGAGACCGCUGAAGAAGAUAAAGAAUGAAGCCUUUUGAUCGACUCGUUCUUCACGACUUUUCAUUGACUUUGUUUGGAUUUUUAAUUUGUGCAGAGCUCUGCACAUCGUUGUUUGAACUCUAGUUUCCAGCCCUGUAGCCUCAAAGAUAAGAUUCAGGUCCAAGCAGCGAGUUUUAUUGAGGCAACGUUACAUCAUUUCUGGGAAUUGAAGCCUUGAAAUUUCACAGUCCUCUUUCGUCUUUGUAAGGCUGCCAACAUGCAGUGCUUCCUGGUGGGGCUUCACUGCUGGAGCUCUCUAAACCUCUGGGUUAUGUUGUCUUGUGAAAUUUAAUUUCAAAGCAUCCUGUCUCCUUUUUAUUUAACUGUUGGACUUUUGUCGAGUUCAGGUAUACUUACUCACUAUAAAGCUGAUUUCAAGCUACGUCUUUGUAUUUCUAUUUAAAGAUUAUCAGCUUUGUGGUGGAUCUUCUCCUCGCCCACAGCAUAAAAACUCUAAAAGCUCCUGUAAACUUUCAGUCUUUAACUGCGUGCUUCACUUAGACAUUUCAUUCAGCUUAGACGUGUGCUUUGGGGUUCACAGACAGGGCGGGGGAGAAAGGCCGGACAGCGUUUGAACAAAGUAAAUGUUAGCGGUAUGAAUUAUUUGUUGGCAGGAGUCGAGGGCUGAGCUGCGUGUUGUCCCGUCUGGAUGGGCGCUCACUGCUGCGUCUUUCUAACACAGCUUCCAUCACCCUGUGGCUCAAAUGUCAAAGACGGUAAGGCCCUCCGAGGGGACUGCAGCCGAGCAGUGAGAAGCGCCUCCCUGGGGUUUGUUUUGUGUAUGUGACAGACAACAACCAGACCACUGAUACAAU